CUGUUUACCUAAAGCAGGGAUAGGCAACCCUGAUCCUAAAGGUUGAAACGUUUUCACCUGAACAGAAGAUCUUUUAUAUCAAGAGACGUUGCCUUCCAGUACAGGUGGCAGCUGAUUGGAUGAUGCCCAGCAGGUAGAACUACCUGUUAGUCACUAAGGCGGGCGGAGUCACUGAAGCGUGAUUUGAUUUGUGCAAACUGAGACACUUUGAGGCGAGGAAGUUUUCUGUCACGCAGCUGUUUGAGUUUCAACGUUCCAGUUAAACAUGUCGAUGUUCACGAAGUUCUUUAAAGGUUUAAUCCAUAAACGAGAUCCAGAAGAACACCCCGUUACUGUGAAGGAAAAACCGAAGCCAAAGUUUUAUGGAACGGUCGCUCCAUACCCAAACUUUAAUGCCAGCACUGAUGCUUCAGUCCUUCAGAGUGCCAUUGAAAGUAAACACGAGGAUGUGAUCGUUUCAGUCUUGGUGAAGAGAAACAACGACCAGAGGCAAAUGAUCAAAGCCGUUUACGAGUCGUCUACUGGGAAGAAUCUGGUUAAAUCUCUGGAGUCAGUCCUCAGCUCACAUCUAGAGGAUGCGUCUCUGGCUCUGCUCAUGAAGCCGGCGUAUUACGAUGCCCACCUGCUCAGAAACGCCACAAAGGGUGUGGGAACAGACGAGGCGGUCCUGGUGGAGGUUCUCGCUACAAGAUCCAACAAGGAGAUUGAAGAGAUCAAACAAGUCUUCAAAAAAGAGUACGGCGUCGAUCUAGAGCGCGCCAUUAAAGAUGAGACCAGCGGGGACUUCACUCAGGCGCUUCUCUCCAUGCUGAGUGCCAAAAAAGACGAGAGCACCGUUGUAGACAUGGAGCUGGCCAGAAAGGACGCUCAGAUUUUGUUUGAAGCAGCUGAAACCUCCAGAAAGGUCAACGUCUCCACCUUCAUCAACAUCCUGACCACACGGAGCGGCCCGCAGCUCUCUAAAACCUUCCAGAAUUAUGCAGCCAUCAGUGACAUCACUUUACCUAAAGCCCUGCAGAUGGAUCUGAAAGGAGACAUCGAAGAGUGUCUGAUUGACAUUGUGAAAUGUGCCUGGAACACUCCUGCGUUCUUUGCUGAGAAGCUCUGCCAUGCUAUGAAGGGUGUUGGUACCCGAGACAGAACACUGAUCAGGAUUCUGGUGAGCCGCUCUGAGGUCGACCUGAAGAAGAUAGUGGAGGAAUACCAAGCCAUGUUUGGGAGAAGCCUACAGGACGACAUAGUGGCUGACACUAAGGGAGAGUACCAGAAAGUCCUGCUUGGGUUGUGUGGAGCUCAGUGAAACUGGAGACGGCUCACCCUGACACCAUUUUUCUGUCUUCUAAUAAAGCAAACGUAUCCCA